GUUUGCUAAAGCUAUCGGGAUCUCACAUCUAUUCAUUUUACUCAUCUGUUUGCCUCACUGCCUCGAUCAAUUCCUUAACUUCACCAACUUCUUCUCCAUCUCUGUUCGGUAUCCAUUCAUACUUUCUCAUCCUCACCAUUCAUAACCAGACAAACAAACUACAUACGCAUACGACAAACAAUGCCCCAAACGACAAAACCCUCAGGAAUAACCCCCUUCCUCAAAAACACCCCCUACUCCCACUUCCCCCCUCCUACAACACCUACUAUAAAAAAACCCCUUUACCACACCCACCUCCUAACCCUCUACAUCCUCCUCGGCUUUUCCACUUGCAUCCACUUCUCCACAAAAACACUCCUCUGGCUAAACUUCCUCACCCUGGGCAUCCUAAUCCUCACAAACCUGCAAAUGGACGAAUGAAUGGGGUGAGACGGACAGUAUUUAUUGGCCGAUUAUUGGGUUUGUGAAGAGAGAGGUUGUUGUGCAGGUUGGGAGGGAAGGGGAGGGGGGAUUUGUAUGAUGUUGAGGGUGGGGGGGGUUGAUGGGAGGUUGAGGAUGG